AUGGCGACUUUUGAGACUGCGCAGGAUCAGUAUGUGAAUGUUGGGGGUACGAGGUUUGCGUAUCGGCGGCUGGGGAGGACGUAUGGCGUUCCGUUGGUUCUGCUCAUGCACUUUAGGGGCACAAUGGACCAUUGGGAUCCGGCAUUGAUCAACCCGCUUGCUGCUCGAAGACCAGUCGUCUUGAUUGACAACUCUGGCGUGGGCAGGUCGGAAGGUGAGGUAGCAAAGACGUUUGCUGGCUGGGCCGCGAAUUACAUCAAUGUCAUGGAGGCGCUGGGCAUCCGACGAGCAGAUGUCAUGGGCUUCUCGAUGGGAGGAUGUGUCGCGCAGAUGGUUGCCCUCAACGCUCCCAAGCUGGUACGAAGCCUGAUUCUCUGCGGUACCAUCCCAAGCACAGGUCAUGGUGUCACGACGGCACCACUUGGGCCCUUUAACCAGCUCAAAGCCGCCGUAACCGCCGAGGAGCAGCGCAAGGCCUUUCUAGAUUCAUUCUUCCAUACUUCGGAACGGAGCCAGGCCGCAGGAAUGGCCGCCUGGGACCGCAUUGUUGACGCACGAUCCAACAGAUCAGAUUAUGUUGAUGCGCAAAACGCCCACAGACAAGCCGUUUCAUUUGCCAAGUUUAUGGACCCUAAGCAGGCUAGGGAUGCGUCAUAUGAUCGUUUUCAUGAGCUUCAACUUCCAGUCCUGAUUGCGAAUGGAUGCAAUGACCUCCUUCUGCCUACCGAGAACAGCAUUCUCAUGUGGAAAAAGCUAAGCCACGCAAAUGCUCAACUUCACCUGUAUCCUGAUUCAGGCCAUGGCUUUCUUUUUCAGUAUGCCCGUUCAUUCUCGCAACUUAUCAACGAUUUUCUUGAUACCACCGCGGAGCAAGCCAGUCGGCUGUAG